AUGGCAGAAACUGCUCCCGCACCAGCCGCUCCUGCUCCGGCUAAAGCUCCCAAGAAGAAGACCGCAGCAAAGCCCAAGAAAUCGGGUCCCAGCAUGUCGGAGCUCAUCGUCAAGACUGUGUCUGCCUCCAAGGAGCGCAGCGGGCUGUCCGUGGCGGCGCUCAAGAAGAUCCUGCAGGCCGGCGGCUACGAUGUGGAGAAGAACAACUCCCACGUCAAUAGAGCCCUCAAGAGCCUGGUGACCAAGGAGACCCUGCUACAGACCAAGGGCACCGGCGCCUCGGGCUCCUUCAAGCUCAACAAAAAAGCAGCUGAAGCCAAGAAGAAAGCAGCUCCCAAGAAACCAGCGGCAAAGAAAGCGGUUGUCAAGAAAGCGACGAAAAAGGUUUCAGCAAAGAAAGCAGCGACACCCAAGAAGUCUCCUAAGAAAGCGAAGAAACUGAAAGAUGUAAAGAAGGCGCCCAAGAGCCCAAAGAAAGCGGCUGCCAAGCCUAAAAAGGUCGUAAAGAAAAGCCCCAAGAAAGCGAAGGCAGCGCCUAAACCUAAAAGAGUAACCAAGGCAGCUAAACCCGCAGCGAAGAAGGCGGCUCCUAAAAAGAAGUGA